UUGAGUCGAUAUCGCUGUCAUCCAGGGAGGGAAGUGACCUUAUCAAAUGCGUUUUGUGGCAUUUUAGCGCGUUUCCUGUGGCAGGAACGCUGCUCUUUUUGAGUCAUCAUGGUGUUCGAAUCUUUAGUCAGCGAUCUUUUGAACAAAUUUAUUGGAGACUAUGUGGAAAACCUGGACAAGUCGCAGCUGAAAAUUGGCAUAUGGGGAGGAAAUGUUGUUUUAGAAAAUCUUCGGGUGAAAGAGAAUGCUUUGAGUGAAUUUGAUGUCCCCUUUAAAGUGAAGGCUGGUCAGAUUGGUAAACUGACUCUGAAGAUCCCUUGGAAAAACCUUUACAAUGAGGCAGUGGUGGCUACGUUAGAUGGUUUAUACCUUCUUGUGGUUCCCGGUGCAACGCUUAAGUAUGAUCCGGUUAAAGAAGAGCGAUACCAGCAGGAGGCCAAGCAGAAGGAGCUGCAGCGCAUUGAGGAAACUCUACAGCUGGUCGCACGCAGAGGCUCUCACGCUGGAGAGUUUGUAUUUAAUCUGGAGAGUUAUGUGUAUAAGAAUCCAUCACAGGAAAAGGGACGUAAGCUUAAAAAGCAUAAAAAAUCCUUUAGGAGAUCUAAAAAGCAUGAACAUAAAACAGAGAAGCGACAGGAAGAAAAGAAAGACACGUUCCCUGAGAAACUGGCGACACAAGUUAUCAAAAAUCUCCAAGUAAAAAUCACCAGCAUUCACAUCAGAUAUGAGGAUGAUGUGUCGGACCCUCAGAGACCUCUCUCUAUGGGCAUGACUCUUUCAGAAAUCAGUUUACAGACAACAGAUGAGAACUGGAAGACAUGUAUUCUCAAUGAAGCAGCUAAAAUCAUCUACAAGCUGGGCCGCCUGGAGUGUUUUUGUGCUUAUUGGAACGUCAACAGCCCAAUCUUCUACAGAGGCUCCUGGGAGGAAAUAGUGAGCAAGCUUAAAGCAGGAAUCAGCACAAGAAAUGAGGAACUGCAAGGCUAUCAGUACAUUUUCAAACCCAUUUUUGCCUCUGCAAAGAUGUGCAUAAACCCAAAUGCUGAAGUUGAGCUUAAAUCACCUAAAGCAAACCUGCACCUGGAGGUUCAAAACAUUGCUAUUGAGAUGACCAAACCUCAGUACCUGUCUAUGGUGGAUCUUCUGGAGUCCAUAGACUGUAUGGUGAAGAACAGCCCUUACAGAAAGUUCAGGCCUGACGUUCCAGUCCACACAAACGCAAAGCAGUGGUGGAGAUAUGGCAUCAGCAGUAUUCUGGAGUUGCAUAUACGACGCUUUAAUAAGAUGUGGAGCUGGAGCAACAUAAAGAAGCACAGGGACACGCUUAAGGUUUACAAAGCUGCAUACAAAUGCAAACUCACACAAGGAAAGGUCAGAGAGGACACAGAGAAAGAGAUCCAGGAUCUAGAGAAAGUUCUGGAUGUGUUCAACAUUGUAUUGGGCAGACAGCAGGCUCAGAUGGAGGUGGUUUGGUCAGGGCACAAGGUUGUGUCUAAAAAGGCUGCCACUCAGAAACAGAGCAGCGGAGGAGGCUUUUUCAGUGGCCUUUUUAGCAGGAAAGAAACAAAGAAAGAGGAUGAAGAGGAUAAAGAACCAGAAAGUAUAGAUUCCCUCAUGACCUCUGAAGAGAAAACCAAACUCUACACAGCGAUUGGCUACAGUGGGAGCUCACAUAACCUUGCCUUACCAAAGCAUUAUGUAGCUGUAAUCGUCACCUUUAAGCUUUUGAGCACCUCAGUAACGUUCAGGGAGGAGCCCGGCAUUCCAGAGAUCCUCAAAGUACAAAUGAUCGACCUCAGUACGACCAUCUCACAGAGACCAGGAGCGCAAGCCAUCAAAGUGGAAACUAAGCUGGAGCACUGGUAUGUGACUGGCCUGCAGCAGCAGGGGCAAGUGCCGUCUCUCAUAGCAUCACUGGGAGACUCAGAUUCCUCUCUGCUCAGUGUCCUGUUUGAGCUCAACCCUGAAAACAGCACCGCUGACCAGCUCCUAAGAGUUCACUCACAGCCUGUGGAGAUCAUCUAUGACGCUGUGACUGUCAUCAGCAUCACAGAAUUCUUUAGGACAGGUAAAGGGGUCGACCUUGAGGUCAUCACCUCAGCAACACUCAGCAAACUUGAGGAGAUAAAGGAAAAGACUGCCAGUGGUUUGUCUCACAUCAUUGAGACACGUAAGGUGCUGGACUUGAGGAUUGAUCUUAAACCCUCAUACCUGCUCCUGCCCAAAUCUGGCUUCUAUGACAGCAAUUCAGACCUUAUGAUCAUUGAUUUUGGUUACCUGCAGUUAAACAGCAUAGAUCAAGGCAGUCAUCAGCAGGUAUCAGCCAGUUUCUCAUCUCUGGAGGAAAUCAUGGAUCGAGCAUAUGAAAGAUAUUCAUUAGAGCUUCGCAGUGUUCAGAUACUCUACAGCAAAUCAGGAGAGAAAUGGAAGAAUGCUCGUCUUCAGGGUUCCUCCCAUCAGCACAUCCUGCAGCCAAUGGACUUCACUCUUCAGCUCGCCAAAUGUAUGGUGGACAAAGAUUCCCGUAUGCCCAGGUUCAAAGUAUCUGGAGAGUUGCCGUUGCUUCAUGUGAAGAUCUCUGAUCAUAAGAUCCAGGGUGUUCUGGGGCUUGUGGAUAGUAUUCCUCUCCCACAGACUUCCUCGAGUCCACCCACCACACCUACAGAAAAGGUUUUCGGGAUGCCCCUGUCUGAUGCCAGACCAAAUAUGUUGGGUUUAGACCCUGCAGUUCUGUCCUAUGCUGUUGUGUCAGACUCUGAUGGUGACACUAGUGAGAGGUCUGUGGAUGAAGACACUCUCAGAUCAACUCUGGAGGAGCUCACGGAAGUGCAGUUUCAGUUUGAAGUCAAAGCGGUGUUGUUGGAGCUAACAAGGCAUGCCGCUCAGGAAGAUGUCGUGUUGGCGUUGAACGUGUCUCAACUGGGUGCCGAGGGCAAGAUACGAACUUUUGAUCUGACAGUCACAUCUUACCUCCGCAAGAUCAGCCUUGACUACUGCGAGAUUAGAGAUGCACAAAAUGAACCCCUCCAUCUAAUUACCUCUUCAGACAAGCAUGGCUCCGAUCUAUUGAAAGUGGAGUUCAUUAAGGCUGAUGUGAAUGGACCCAGCUUUAACUCCUCAUUCAAUAACACAGAACAAACACUGAAGGUGGAGUUUUCUUCUUUGGAUUUCCUGUUGCACACUAAAGCUUUGCUUUCCACCAUCAACUACAUGAACUCAGCCUUACCACAGGAGAUCACAGCCUCUAAAGAGAGAGAAACCAAGAGACAGACUGAGAGAGUAGUAGCAGGGAAAACGGUGUCUAAGGGUUCAAAGGACUCUGGUGUUGUGAACUUCAAGCUGUCUGCCAUGCUUGGUUCGUUCAGAGUGUCUGUCUGCGAUGAAAGAAGCAACAUCGCUGACAUCCGAGUCCAAGGCAUUGAUGCAUCUGUGGUGGUCCAGGUCAAAGAAACAGAGGUCUUUGCCCGCCUGCGGGAUAUUGUUGUUCUAGAUGUGGAUCCAAAGACCAUCCAUAAAAAGGCAGUGUCAAUAGUUGGAGAAGAGGUGUUUAGCUUUAAGAUGACUCUUUACCCCGGGGCAACUGAAGGUGACGGCUACUCAGACACCUCUAAAGUGGACGGGAAAGUCAUCCUGAGGCUGGGCUGCAUUCAGAUCGUCUACCUGCACAAGUUCCUCAUGUCUUUACUGGACUCUUUUAGCUAUCACUAUCACUCUGCUGAUGAGAUGUUUGUAGACAACUUCCAGACAGCUAAAGAGGCUCUGACUGCCGCCACGGCUCAGGCCGCUGAGAAAGCAGCUUCCAGUGUGAGAGAUUUUGCUCAGAAGAGUUUCAGACUCAGCAUGGACAUCAAACUGAAGGCCCCCCUUAUCAUCAUCCCCCAGUCUUCAACAUCCCAUAAUGCAUUUGUGGUUGACUUGGGUCUGAUUACUGUGGGAAACAGAUUCUCGCUGGAAGCAGCUGAGGGCUUCCCAUUGCCUGCUGUUCUGGAGACCAUGAAUGUAAAACUCACACAACUCAAACUAUCUAGGACCAUUCUGAAGCAUGAUGAUGCUUUUCCAGAUAUUGAGAUUCUGGAGCCUAUAAAUCUAGAGCUGCUUGUCAAGCGUAAUUUGGCUGCCACAUGGUUCAACAAGAUUCCAGGAAUGGAGGUCAAAGGAGUACUUAAGUCAAUGAAUAUGGCUCUUGGUCAGGAGGAUUUUGGGGUUCUCACGAGAAUCCUUGCAGAGAACAUUGGUGAAGGAAGCAAAGCUGCUGCAGUGGAGGGAACCAAAUCUUCUAUUAGAGCUUUCACAGAUGAAGCUGUUACAGAUGAAGGACUGAUAGAUGCACUUUCUGUGAAGAUGGGAAGUCAAACAGCUAUCACUAAUGGCACCUUUAGUGAGAAUGUUGUCAAUGUGCUGCUCAAUUUUGAAAUCAAGGAGGUUAUGCUGAAAUUAAAGAAGUCCACAAAUAAGGAGGAGUGUCCCUUUUUGAUUCUACAUCUAGCUCAGCUUGGAAUCGACACCAAAGUUAGAAAAUAUGACAUGGAGGCCACAACAUACAUUAAAACCAUCUCUAUGAAGUGCCUGGAGUUCUCUGAUUCAAAUGCGGAACCACUCUGUAUAAUCAAUUCCUCAGCAGAAUCAGGAACCGAUCUUCUCGAAGUCAAGUAUUUUAAGGCUGAUCGAAAUGGGCCCAGCUUUGCUAGCAUCUACAAUAAUACUGAACAGACGUUCAAUGUAAUGUUCUCCUCGCUAGACUUGAUGUUGCACACUGAAGCUCUUCUCUCUACUAUGGACUUCCUGUCUGCUGCCUUGUCCAGCAGCAGUGUCCCCUCAACAGAGCGAGAGAACAAAAAGACUGAAGAUAGCAGAACAACCUCAGCCAAAUCCAGUAAACACACACAACAACAUACACUGGCUGCACUGAGCUCUCCCUCAGAUGGUGACGUCAUUGACCUGAAGGUGAACAUGCAGCUGGGUGCAUUUAAUGUGUUGGUGUGUGACCAGAAGAGCAACAUGGCAGACAUCAAGAUUCAGGGUUUGGACGGUUUUCUCCAAAUGCAAGGAACUCAGACACACAUGUCUACUCGUCUGCGGGACUUCAUCGUCAUCAAUGUGGAUUCUAAAACAAUUCACAAGAAGGCAAUCUCUAUCGUAGGCGAUGAGGUGUUCAGCUUUAGCAUGAGUCUCACACCUAAAGCCACUGAGGGGGCCGGAUACGCAGACACGUCAAAAGUCGACGGCAAAGUGAAACUCAACGUGGGCUGUAUUCAAGUGGUCUACCUACAUAAAUUUGUCAUGUCAUUGCUUAAUUUUAGUAACAACUUCCAGACAGCUAAAGAGGCUCUCAGUGCUGCCACGGCUCAGGCUGCUGAGAAAGCAGCUUCCAGUGUAAGAGAUUUCGCUCAGAAGAGUUUCAGACUCGCCAUGGACAUCAGACUGAAGGCCCCUCUUAUCAUCAUCCCCCAGUCCUCCACAUCCCAUAAUGCUGUGGAGGCGGACCUGGGGCUCAUUACUGUGGGAAACCGCUUCUCUCUGCUCCCAGUGGAAGGUCGUCCACUGCCUGCUGUCAUUGAUAAUAUGGAUAUAGAGCUCACUCAGCUAAAACUGUCCAGAAUUUCCAUGGAGCAGGACUCAAAUCAGCCUAGUUCCAAACUGUUGGAGCCAGUAAACCUGGUUCUCUCUGUCAAACGUAAUCUGGCAGCAUCGUGGUACCAGAAGAUGGCUGCCAUAGAGGUGGAUGGAGAUCUGAAGCCCAUGAAGGUGGCCUUGAGUCAAGAUGACCUGACUGUGCUGCUGCGGAUUCUGAUGGAGAACAUUGGAGAAGCGAGUGGCGUUCAGCCUGAUGCACAGGCCCUCAAACAAGAGAGCGAUCUGAUCAGACUUCGCACCCAGACUGGGUCUGAAAUUGUUGUAGAGAAGCUGGUAGAAAGUAAAUCGAAGGAAACAGAGCUCCUGGAAAGUGUCAAAUUCAGCUUUAAUGUAGAAUCACUUGGUCUUACUCUCUAUAAUAAUGACCCUAAACAGCCCUCUGCACAUGAGGAGCAGUUGUGUUUAGGAGAAUUCAUGCUCUGCAAAAUGAAGACUUCUGGUCAAAUGUUUAGUAAUGGCAAUUUGGAGGUUUGUACCAUCCUCACCACGUGCACGCUGGAUGACAGGAGGAGCGGUAUUAAGAGAGUCACAUCCAGGAUGCUGGGAAGACGUGAUGAGGAGACUUCUGAGCCGAUGAUAGAGGUGAAAUAUUCUCAGAGUGAGGAAGAGCGCUCAGUGGUCGCUGUACUACAGAAGCUUUAUCUGCGUGCUAGCGUGGAGUUCCUUAUGGCCGUUGGUGACUUUUUCGUACAAGCCCUGCCCACAAGCCCACCUACACAGCGAGACAAUACCAGUCAGCUGAUGCUCAAACACGUCUCAGAGCCCAAAAUUCAGAGUGAAACUAGAGCAGACUCAGCGCAGAAAACCAGGUUGCGGGCCGUUGUGUUGGACCCAGAGGUAGUGUUUGUGGCUAACCUGAUGAAGGCAAAUGCUCCUUCUCUGGUUGCAUCAUUCCAGUGUGACUUCAGUCUGGUGUCUGAGGAGAUCGGUCAGACUAUGAAGGCCAGUGUUAGAAGCCUCAAAGUUCUUGCCUGCCCGUUCAUCAGAGAAGAUGGUGACAAAGCCGUGACCACUGUGCUGAGGCCAUGUUCUGUUGAACUUGAGACCAAAAUGCCAACAAAUGCCCCAUUAACUGGUUCAGUAACUGUAGAGGAGGUCAUAGUAAAAAUCUCUCCUAUCAUUCUUAACACUGUCAUUACCAUCAUGGCGGCCAUGACAACCAAACCGGUGGAAGAGGCAUCACAGCAGACCUCCGAAGACCUAAACAGCCUUUGGUCUGUGAUGAAUGUUGCUAACGCUAACUACUGGUUCCUGGGUGUGGACACAGCAUCUGAGGUCACUGAGAGCUUCAAAGAUGUGGACAGCAGCAGGGAAGGGGAAAGUUUUGGGGUGAAUGUUAAAUUGGUUCAGGUGACGCUGGAGUCUGGUUUGGGACAUCAGACCGUUCCUCUGCUGCUUGCAGAAUCGUCAUUCACCGGCAACGCACGCAACUGGUCAUCAAUGCUCAGAGUCUCUGCAGAUAUGACACUGGAGGUGAAUUCUUUUAAUGAGACUCAUGCAGUAUGGGAGCCAUUGCUUGAGAGAGUAGACAAUGGGAAACGGAGGUGGAACCUCAAAUUAGAGAUGAAGAAUAACCCUGUUCAAGAUAAAAGUCCUGUUCCUGGGGAUGAUUUUAUUAUGCUGCCAGAUCCUCGCACAGCCAUCACCAUAUGUUCCAAAGACACCAUGAACGUCACAGUGUCCAAGUGCUGUCUCAAUGUCUUCAACAACCUGGCGAAGGCGUUCUCAGAGAGCACAGCCUCUACGUUCGACCACUCUCUGAAGGAGAAAUCCUCCUUUACCAUCCGCAACGCAUUAGGCAUUCCACUCAUCGUUCAGCACAGUUCCAACCUGCGUUUGGUCGGCUCAUCAUCAUCGGAUAAAUUCCAUGAAUUAGCUGUGGAUAAGAGUAUGGAUUUAGAACAUUCCACCUUUGAACGUUCAUCACGACUUUCUGCCCUACAAAGGCAGGAAAGCUGCCUGUUCAAUCUCAGCAUAGUUCCCACAGGUUACAGCGAGAUUUCCAACAUUCCUCUGGGUAAACCCGGCCGCAGACUCUAUAACAUUAGAAGACCCAUGCAAGAAGAAGCCGUGUCCGUGCUGCUUCAGAUCACUGCCAGUGAGGGCAACAAAGUCAUCACAGUACGCUCUUCCCUGCAGGUAAAGAACCAUUUCCUGGUACCGUUUGCCCUUCUGAAGUAUUCUUCGGAGCUUGGAGUGCUGGUGAACGUAGGCGUCGCUGAGCCUGAGAAGGAGUGUCAUGUUCCUCUGGAAGCUUACAGGAGUCAGUUGUUUUUGCUGCCUCUCGGUCCUUUAGAAGAUCAAUAUCAAGCGUCAACCACUUGUAUCUCAUGGAAGGAGCAAGUGCAUGUCAGCUCGGAGGUUCACGCAGUGUUACAGUGUCCCGCCAGAGAUAGCAGCUUCCUGCCGUUGGUGGUGAACACCCUGGCUGUGCCCGAUGACCUGAGUCACAUCGCCAGCCACGGGGAGGGAGACUGGGACCCUGCUUAUGUCAUCCACCUGCACCCAGCAGUGACCAUCAAAAACCUGCUGCCUUACUCGAUACGCUACCUGCUGGAGGGUUCUCCUGAUUUCUACGAGCUUCAGGAAGGCAGUACGGCAGAUUUGCUUAACUCGCACAUUAGAGGUGAAAUAAUGGAGCUCGCGUUGAUAAAAUACCAAGGGCGCAGUUGGAGCGGCCGGAUGAAGAUCAGCAGCGACAUGCCAGAGUUCUUUUCUGUCUGCCUGACCUGCGAAACCUCUGAGGUGCUGACUGUGGACUUGUGCGUGCAUGUGUCCCGUGCGAGUGCCAAAUUGGUCCUGUCCAUCUACUGUCCAUACUGGAUCAUCAAUAAGACGUCCCGUGUGCUUCAGUAUCGCGCAGAGGACACGUGCGUAAAACACCCGUCUGACUUUAGAGACGUCAUUCUGUUCUCCUUCAAAAAGAAGAAUUUCUUCACCAAGAAUAAGAUGCAGCUCUGUGUGUCCACCAGCUCCUGGUCGGACGGGUUCUCGCUGGACACUGUUGGCAGUUAUGGGUGCGUGCGCUGUCCAGACAAAUGCGGGGACUACCUGGUGGGGGUCAGCAUCAAGAUGAGCAGCUUUAAUCUGACACGGAUUGUUACCAUGAGUCCCUUCUACACGCUGGUCAACAAGUCCUCCUUUGAGCUGGAGGUUGGAGAACUGCAGAACAGCGUUGACUUCAGCAAGAAGUGGCAUUACAUCCCGUCCACCGAGUGUUUGCCUUUGUGGCCUGAGUCCAGCACAGGGAAGCUGUGUGUGCGAGUUGUGGGAUCUGAAUCUACCUCCAAAUCGUUCUUCUUCAACAAGCAGGAUAAUGGAACACUGCUGCGUAUGGAUCAGUAUGGUGGUGUAAUAGUGGAUGUGAAUAUCUCCGACCACUCCACUGUCAUCAGCUUCACUGAUUACUAUGAUGGAGCCGCACCAGCUCUGCUAGUGAACCACACGCCCAACGCUACUGUCAACUUCAGCCAGAGAGGCUGUGAGAAGUCUUGGGCACUUAAACCCGGUGAGGCUCAGCGGUUUGCAUGGGAUGAUCCAUCAGGUGUGAGAAAGCUUUGCUGGAACUGUCAUGACCACUCUGGAGAACUGGACCUUGUGAAGGAUGAAUGUGGUCAGUUUGCCUACAACAGCUUAGUUGAGAUACAUUGGGUGUCUUUCCUGGACGGCCGACAGCGAGUGCUCAUCUUCACUGAAGAUGUAGGCAUAGUGACGAAAGCGCGGCAGGCGGAGGAGCUGGAGCAGUUCCAGCAGGAAGUCAACAUCUCAUUACAGAACUUAGGCCUGUCACUCAUCAACAAUGACAUCGGGCAGGAGAUAGCAUACGUUGGCAUCACCAGCUCCGGUGUGGUCUGGGAGAUGAGGCCAAAGAACCGUUGGAAAUCAUUCAACCACAAAAACAUUGGACUGCUGGAGAAGGCUUACCAGAGUCACAUCAACAGCAAGAAGGAAGCAGGCUGGAUUAAAUUGGAAACUGGCCUAGAGGUUAACUUUGAAAGGGUGCCCAUGUUGAUGAGACAACCCUUUUCCUGCACCAUAAGGAGAAACUUCCUACCCGGCAUUCACGUUGAGUUAAAACAGUCGCCACAUCAAAGGAGUUUACGUGCACAGCUGUACUGGCUUCAGGUGGAUAAUCAGCUGGCUGGAGCAUUAUUUCCCACUGUGUUUCAUCCUGUUCCUCUUCCAAAAUCUAUUGUUCAAGACACCGAGCCAAAGCCAUUUAUCGACGUGAGCAUCAUCACAAGGUUUAAUGAGCACAGCCAAGUCCUGCAGUUUAAGUACUUCAUGGCAUUAGUGCAGGAGAUGGCGGUGAAGAUCGAUCAGGGUUUCUUGGGGGCGAUCGUCGCCCAGUUCACACCCACCACUGACUCCCAGGACAACAAAGAGAAGAAUAAACUGAUAGAGAAGGAUCUGGACGCGUUACAGGCUCAGCUGAUGGAGAGCUCAAUGACAGACACCUCGGGCUUGAACUUCUUCGAGCAUUUCCACAUCUCGCCCAUUAAACUGCACCUGAGUCUGUCUCUGGGCUCAAGUGGAGAUGAGUCUGAACAGGGCGAUAUGGUCGCCAUCCAAUCCGUCAACCUCCUUCUCAAAAGCAUUGGGGCCACGCUCACCGAUGUGGAUGAUUUGAUCUUCAAAUUGGCUUAUUUUGAGGUGAAAUAUCAGUUUUACCGGCGAGAGAAACUGAUGUGGGCGGUGAUCAGACACUACACUGAACAAUUCCUGACACAGAUGUAUGUGCUGGUUUUGGGUUUGGAUGUUCUUGGAAAUCCUUUCGGACUGAUUCGCGGCCUGUCAGAAGGAGUAGAGGCUUUCUUUUAUGAGCCCUUCCAGGGGGCUGUUCAGGGACCUGAAGAAUUUGCAGAAGGUUUUGUUAUUGGUGUCCGUAGUUUACUAGGACACACAGUUGGGGGCGCAGCUGGGAUGGUGUCUCGUAUAACAGGCUCUGUAGGCAAAGGCUUGGCUGCCAUUACUAUGGACAAAGAAUAUCAGCAGAAGAGGAGGGAGGAGAUGAACAGACCCACUAAAGAUUUCGGGGAGAGUCUUGCAAAAGGAGGAAUUGGCUUCUUCAAGGGAGUGGUUGGUGGCGUAACAGGAAUUGUGACCAAACCUGUGGAAGGGGCAAAGAAAGAGGGGGCUGCAGGCUUCUUCAAGGGCAUUGGGAAAGGCCUAGUUGGAGUGGUAGCCAGACCUACAGGUGGCAUUGUAGAUAUGGCAAGCAGCACUUUUCAAGGCAUUCAGAGGGUGGCAGAAUCAACCGAGGAGGUGACUAAGUUACGGCCAGUACGUUUAAUACAAGAGGACGGCAUCAUACGGCCAUACAACAACCAUGAGUCAGAGGGUUAUGACCUCUUUCAGAGGUCUGAGAUUAAAAGACUGGAUGGAGAGAUCUUCAGAGAACACUAUGAGUAUCCAGCACACAGAAAAACAAACAUCAUUAUCACCAAUAGGAGGGUGAUGUGUGUGAAGGAAAUCGAUUUGAUUGGACACUUCAAUAAAGAAUGGGAAUGUCAGUUUGAGAAUUUCCAAAGGUCUCCAUGUGCCGAAGGAGGAGACUUGAAGAUUUAUUACCGGGAGCAGAACAAACUGAACAUCAUUAAGAAGGAUGGACAAGAGCUAGUUAGAGUGAUACACCUCAAACAUGCACCCAUGGCCCAGAAACUACUAGAGGGAAUAGAGAGCGCACAGUUUGCACGCCAGCAAUACAAGAUGGCGCGACAGAAAUCACAACGCUUCAUAAAAAUGAGCAACAACUAAAUUUGUCACAAAGGAAACUCACUGCUGCAUUACAUAUGUAUAUGUUUUGUUUGAGAUAUAUAUUUUGGAAAAUGUAUUCUUUAAAUUCACUGAUAUUUUUGAUGUAUCAAAGAAAUUUGUCACUAGGUUUGUUGAUGUGUCACAUGACUUUUGAAUGUAUAACAGGGUUUAGACUAUUUGACUUUAGUUGUUUGUUUUUGUUGAAUGACAAAAUAGAUUAUUUUGUUAAGGGGAUUAUUUACAAAAGAUUUAUAGCAAUGGAAUACCUGUGCAGUUUAGUUUAAAUUGUUGUUUAGCCCUCAGUUGAUGCAAACUAAAGUUGAAUGCCCCAAAUCUGAACUGACUUACCUCAAGCACUUUCAUUGCAUGAAAAAGAGCUCAGUUAGUAAAAAAGAAGAAAAAAUUACAUUAGGGUGAAUAAAUAAUGCGAAUACUUGUAAUUUUAUGACGUGUAAUGGAGAAAUCUUGUCAAUUUUCUCUUUUCAAUAUCAUCUUGCAAUACACACUAAAUCUUGUAUGUGUUGCAUACAAUAACACAAUAAAUAUAAUAUUACAUACAA